UUCGCAUGUUGUAUUUGAAAAUAAGCUAUCGUCGUCCUUCGUGUUCCUUGUAUUCUUAACGUGGAAGGAGUGGUAAUUGCAUUCAGCUGCUUAUUUCUGAUUAAGGAUUACAGUUAGUCAUGGCUGCUGGAUGUUGUGGUGCUAAGAAACAGAAACUUAACAAUAAUUCCAGUCCUUGCUGCAACGGCAAUGGAACUAUCAUUCAUCAUCACAAUUAUCAGCAAAAUAUAUACAAGCAUGGUGUAGUUGUUUGUGUAGAGAUGUGUUUCUUUUGUUUUGAUGUCCUUUAUUGUCAUUUAAAUCAAUUUGAUCCACCCAAAGCGCCUAAUUUUCCGAACGAUAGUUAUCCUUUAUUUGUAACGUGGAAGAUAGGGAAAGACAGAAGACUACGAGGUUGUAUUGGAACCUUUAAUUCCAUGAACUUACAUGCUGGGCUCAGAGAGUAUGCUGUAACAAGUGCAUUUAAAGACAGCAGGUUCAGUCCAAUCACCAGGGAUGAAUUUGGGAAACUUCAUGUUUCUGUGUCCAUAUUAAGGCACUUUGAGGAUGGUGAAGAUUUCAUGGAUUGGGAGAUUGGAAUACAUGGUAUUCGUAUUGAGUUUACUACAGAGAAAGGUUCAAAGAGAACUGCAACUUAUCUUCCAGAAGUUGCUCCAGAACAAGGUUGGGAUCGUGUACAAACCAUAGACUCUCUUCUCCGUAAAGGUGGCUAUAAAGGUACCAUAAACAAUGAUGUGCGUAAAUCAAUCCGUCUGACACGUUACCAAAGUGAAAAAUUAACUGUUAGUUAUCCAGAAUAUAAGGAAUAUUGGAGGAGUCGACGCUGCUAGCAUAACGCACACGCUAACUGGCAUUUACAUUCAGUUAGCGUGAACCAUAAUGCCUCUCUAGGUCUACUGCAACAUCCUUGCAGAAAUUACAGAGUUCAGGGAAAUGGGAACUUAUAGCCAGUUAUGAACUACUGAAAUAUUUCUAACAUUAACCUCUUGCCUCUUAGUAAGUGCAGAAAGAAAAUUUGGAAUAAUCUAAGUAUUUUUUGCAUAUUCAUGACAAGACAAUUUAUUUAUUUUUCAACUUUCGAAGCUUAGAAAAAUAAGUACUUAUUUUGAAGUUUUGUUUCAUUUUCUGUAGUGUUUAGAAACCUGAGGUAUGUAGUACUCAUCUAUGUAAACAUGUGAUAUUUCAAAUUUGUUUUGAUUAUAUUAAUUUUUUUUUGUGUGUGAAUAGACAGCUUUAAGUUACGAAAAAAUGAACAAUAUCUCCAUCAAACAAAAAGUGGAAAUAUGUUUACUAUUUGAAUUAAUUCUUAUGAAUCACUAUUUACUAUGUUUGAAAACUCUGUCAUACAAAGUUAAAACAUUUAUUGAACUAAAAAAGUGAAUAAAUUGAUGAAGCUGUAUUAAUAAAGAAACUUAAGCCUGUGUAUAUUAAAAUGUUAUCUCACAUGAGGGAAAUUGAGAAAAUUUUUGUUUUAGUUGCUAGCAUAACUGAAUAAGAGGUCAUGAAAUUACAGCCAGGCUUGAUUAACCAUUAAGCAAUAUAAGCACAUGCUUAAAGCAUCAAACAGAGAGGGGUACCAUGAAAAGCUCCUUAGGUAUUCUGGAAAGGGGGCACCAAGAAAAUAUCCAUUUGCCAAUUUUACUAUGGAAUGCAUGAUGCAGCUAAAAUCAAGGGAGUGAAACAAUGAGAAAUCUGGUAUAAUCAUAUUUAUAGGCACCAUAAUCUCUUAGGUGCCUGGGGCCUCUAAAAGUUCUAAGUGGGCUCUUGUUACAGCCCUAUAUAGGAUGCAGUAUGUUGUAUAGUGCCGUUCGAAACUUUCAGAUUUGGACUUCAUUCAAAGGACUUCAUUUUGUAUUCAAGUACUGUAGUCCUGAUUUUAAUGCAGUACUUAGUAUUUUUCAUAUGAUUGGAGAAUUAAAACUGUAUCAUUGUUUUAAACUUUCUUUUUGCUUAUUCAGCUGUGUUGGCAUCUAAAUAAUCUGCAAUCAAAAGAUGUAUUUAAUAUAAUUUUAAAAUAAAAUUUAAAGAAAUAAACAAUUUCAUUGUUUUUUUGCAUUAUGUGUUAAUAUAUACAGUACAAAGUCUUUAAUCCGGAAUGA